AUGCUGACACCUCCCUACCCUGUGAGCACUUCUCAUGGCCUUGGGACGCUCCUUCUGACUAUCAUUGCUCUUCUCCCGCUCCUCGUCAACCAGCUUGACGGAUAUGUUCGUGGACUGGAGAAAAUCAAGUCCUCCCGGCGCUAUCGCCUUGAGAUUCGAGGAUAUCGCAUUGGAUUAAGCGCACAGCAUGCGAACCUCCUGAACACUCUAGAGCUGCUUCUUGAGGAUAUCGUCGAUGAUUAUGACAAGAGACAGGCUCUGAUUACCGAUCCCAAAGGUCCUGGCUGGACAUCUCCCGAUCUCCAGCAAAAGCUCGUGCAGAAGUUAGGACGAAAUAAUGCUGUCUUCCUCGAGACGGCAACUGGGCUCUGUGAACUUCUGAACUCGCUGGCGAAGAAGCUUGGACUGAAAGAUGCAGAUAGACUAAAGACAGAUUCCCUUCCCUUUUCGCAGGCCCUUAAAUUCCGGAUGAUGUUCUCGAGAGCCGUAUACGACGACCUGCUGGCGAAGAUCGACGCGACCAACCAGAUCCUUAGAAGUCUGGCCGAUCACUCAAGGCACCGCCCACAGAUUCGUGGAUCACAUCGCCAAAAGAAAGUGUUGAGAGCAUAUCAGACGGCGCGGAAGCAUGCGAGGGCUCUAUAUAAUUCUAUUGUUCGUGGCCAUUGCUGGAAAUGCCUCAACACAUGCCAGCAUUCAGUGCGCCUUCAGCUCCAACUUGUCUCUAUACAAUCCGCACAACCUGCGGUGGACGGUGCCAUGAUCACUGGACACACCUUGAUCCUAUCGUCAAGUCAAGUCGGCUCCAAGAAGAGAUGGUGGAAAGGUUCGUUUUCUUCCACCGGACGAUAA